AUGGCGUCGCUCAUUGACAAUUAUGAGCAACAAUACGCCGUUUUGACAGCUGACAUCACCGCAAAAAUUGGUAGAAUAAGAACACAGAGCGGCAAUGAGAGAAGAACGUUUAUUCAAGAUGUGGACAGACAAAUUGAGGAAGCUCAGGAGCUGCUGGAGCAAAUGGAACUGGAGGUUCGUGGGGUGAAUCGUACGGCUCGUGACCGCUUGCGCGGUCGUGUAGAGAGUCAUAGAGCAGAAUUGAAACGACUGACUCAGGAAUUUCAGUCGGCUAAGAAGCCAAGGGAGGAGAGCAUUGAAAUAAACAAAGAAGAUUCUUGGGAAAGUAGUAUUACAGAGGAUCAGAAGAAAAGGCUGUUGGAUAGUUCAGAGCAAAUAGAGCGUAGUGGAAGAACCUUACAAAAUGGUUAUCGAAUGGUGUUAGAAACAGAAGAAAUUGGUUCCCAAGUAUUGAAAGAAUUGCACAGCCAAAGGGAGACGAUUCAAAGAGGAAGAGGAAGGUUACGUGAGACAGAUGCAGAGCUGGGACGUGGUUCUCGAUUACUAUCAGGAAUGAUAUUUAGGAACCUUCAGCAAAGAAUUAUCUUAGCGGCGGUUGCGUUAACGCUUAUAAUUGUCGGUUGCGUAGUCGUAUAUUACAGCUUUAAAUCUAAAAGCUAAAGUUGGAAGUACAGUGGUAAUCAGAGACCAAGAGGUCAGAAUGAGGUUCGAGAGGCCGUAUUUAUUAUCAGUGAGUUUUCACUAUUAUUACUAUAUUGAAUGCAGUAUGUGAUGGUUAUUAUUAAAUUAUAAAUUAGA